AUGAGCGACUCGCAAAGGGGCCAGGGACAGCCAAAGGGUCUGCCCGCGUGGACGGCGACGCGGACCGCCAAGGAGGGCGCACGAAAGAAGACCCGAACCACCUACUCUUGUCUGAACUGUCACAGACGGAAAGUCAAGUGUGACAGAGUGAAGCCAUGCAGUGCCUGUUGUCUUCGAGGCACGCCGUCCGAGUGCGAAUAUGGCACCAGCAAGCGAGACCACCAUUACAUCCAGCAGUCGGCUCUGAUCGACAGUCUGAUGAAAACAUGCGAGGACCUGAAGAAGCAGCUGGCCGAAGCGCGCGCGUUGGCCAAUCUUCCGCCGGUAAAGCCGGAGGAGCCAUUCUCGGUCUCGUCGCCAGAGGACCACCGCGAGAAGACGGUGGACGAGGAGCGGUCGCAAAACCCGGAGUCUCGAGCUUCUUCCUCGUUGAUCAAACAGUCGGCCGACCCGGCAGGUCGAUCCUUCGCGCAAACCACCAAUACCCCAUGCACGACCGAUCGGUCGUCUCGAUCGCUCAGUGACGACAAGCGCAUCCUGACCGACCCCGCGGUCGCGAGCUCGUUUGUGGAAGUGUUCGUCGAGCGUCUCAUUGACAAUUUCAGCCCACAGCCAGCCUCCGUCUAUGGCGGCACGGUUGCCCUGCGCGAGGCAUCUCGCAUGCGCAUUCUGUCGCCGAUGCUGUGUACCGCAUUCGAGGCUGCCUCCUUGACCUUCGCCGGGCGACGCGAGCAGAUCCGCGAGGUGGAAGCCGUCGGACAUGCCCGCUACGUCCGGGUGCUCCGACAACUGCAAACCGCCCUGAACGACCCCAAGCAGAACAAGUCGACGGAAGUGAUGGUCGUUGUAUUACUCUUCACCAUCAUCGAGGUCCGUGGCGUCAGCCCUUGCCGCAUCCGAUUCCCACUAACCAGUCGGGCAGGCCUUCAAGCACAGCACCAAAGAUUCCCUGCUGAAGCACCAACUCGGCGGACUGCAAUUGCUCCAGGCGCGGACCCCGUACCGACAUCGGUACGGGAUCGAUCGGUCGCUGUACGUCGAUCUCCGCUUAUACUGGGUAGGGUUACCGCGGCGCUCGUCCAGAGCAAACCCACGUUCCUCGCGAGCAAGGAGUGGCUGACCGUCCCGUGGCCGGGCGACGCUCCAUCCAAGGACAUCCUCCACCGACUGCUGGACAUCGCGGUCGACAUCCCCGCGUACCUCGGACAGAUCGACCGCUUCACCGCGGCCCUCCACAGCGGCACCGUGCCCUCGACCGAGCUCGUCGCGCAGCAGACGGCCCUCUGGGACCGCGCGACGGAACUGCAGUCCCGGCUGAACCGGUGGAAAACCAUGUUCGCCGAUACCUAUCCCCCCGGUCAAGCUUGGGAGGAGCCCACCGCGGACACCGCGACCAGGCCCGAGUCCGACCCGCAGACGACCUUCCCGACAUUCCUGUACCGGGACCCGGCGACGAUGCGCCUCCGCCCGGCCCCGUUACUCGUCUACCCGGACCUGCUCUCGGCAACCUGCAUGACCUUCUACUGGGCGCUGCACCUCAUCCUGUCGACGGCCGACAGCGGGCUGGGGAGCGUCCUCGGCCUGCAGGAGCGAUACCAGUAUGCGUGCAACAUCUGCCGCAGCAUGAAGUACUACGUCGAGAACACCCCGGGUGGUUUGGUCUCGCGCAUCAUGUUCGUGCUGCGGACAGCGUUUGAUGCGUUUGCGGACGGGAUGGUCGAGAAGGCGUUUGUGACCGAGGUGUUUCGGCAUAUUGCAGACAAGUUUCAUUUUUCGGUUUUUGCGAACCAGUGUGCGUCGUUUUCGGUGAGCGGUUAG